AUGGCGCCAUCUUUGGAAGAACCCGUGGUUACGGUUGCACCAUCUGUGACCAAGUCUACAGUACCUGUGGUCGCAAAGGAUAUCGUACCUGGAGACAAUAACCUGGUCGGACCUUGGUCGCGAAACACGGCAACUACGCAUACGAAGAUUUUUUUGCCCUCUUUCCCAAACAUUCAAUGGCCCCCGCUUGAAGAGGUCCCCUACGAGGACAAGGGAUUGCGAGGGGACCCCAAAUUCCGGAACCUGUUGCGAGAUGCCACAGCAGUUUUUGAUCUCAACCCUAAGAUUGGAACUGAAAUCCACGGCGUUGAUUUGUCGAAGCUCGAUGAUGCACAGCGGGAUGACCUCGCUCGGCUGAUCGCAUACCGAGGUGUCGUCUUCUUCCGUUCCCAGAAGAACUUUGAUAUCGAGGCUCAGCGCCAAUUGGGUCAAUACUGGGGCAAGCUGCACAAGCACGCCACUACAUCGGUCCCUCGAAAGCAGGGUCUCGAGGAUGUUCACGUCGUCUACACUGGCGACAAUUCAAGCGACAACCGCGCUCUCUUCCAACCCAGCUUCUUGUGGCACUCAGACGUGACCUACGAAAUCCAACCACCAUCAUACACAUCACUCAAGCUUUUAACCGGGCCACCCCGUGGCGGCGGUGGCGACACCCUCUGGACCUCACAAUACGCCGCCUAUGACAUCCUCUCCUCACACAUGCAAAACUAUCUCAAGGGCCUAACGGCCCUCCACUCGGCCGACAUGCAAGCCAAUGAUUCCCGGGCCCUGGGUCGCCCUGUGCGCCGGGAACCCGUCACCACCGAGCACCCUCUCAUCCGCACGAACCCAGUCACAGGCUGGAACGGACUAUUCUUCAACCCGGGCUUCGUGACGAAGAUCGUCGGCAUCCCGGCCGCGGAAAGCAAUGCUAUCAUCAGCUUCCUCACAGAGGUAAUUGCCACUACACAGGAGAUGCAUGCCCGCUUCUCAUGGAAUGAGGAUGACGUUGCGUUGUGGGAUAAUAGGUCUACCAACCACAGUGCUUCUUAUGGCUUUACGCCGCAUCGUCGCCAUGCUGUGCGUGUUGCGGUGCAAGCGGAGAAACCUGUGCUGGAGGAGUCUGGGAAGUCUCAGGAGGAUGAGUUGAAUGCUUUGUAUGGACUGCCGGCGGUCAAUAAGGAUGGCUCUCGACAGUCCAACUACAAUGAUUAG